AUGAAGGAAAAUAUUCUACUUACAACCUCUCCAUCGACGACAAGACAGUUAGCACAGAUCGACGGCAGUAAUGACGCGAUAACUUGUAAAACCGAUGCGGCUUGGGACAAAAACACGAAGACAGCUGGAUUUGGUUGGGUGCUGGAGGGACCCCCUCUGAUUGCUCCGAUUCAUGGUUCCGCUAGCCAAUCUUUCAUUGGGUCACCUCUCGUUGCUGAAGCUUUGGCAAUGAGAUCGGCUCUUUGCAUGGCACAAACCCGAGGGAUCGCAUCCCUUAGGGUUUUCACCGACAACUCAACGCUCGUCAGAGCAAUUUCAGGAAAGCAUCAGUCCAAAGAAAUCAUCGGUGUCGUUCACGACAUCCGAGUGAUCUCCUCUGAUUUUGCUUCAAUCUCGUUUUCAUAUUUUUCUAGAUCAAAAAACUCUGUCGCUGAUGCCUUAGCAAAAGCGUCUCUGCAAUUUCAUAUCCUGUAA